AUGUGUCAGUCAUACACCAAGAACCCUGCAGAGGAACCAUGUGUCAGUCAUACACCAAGAACCCUGCAGAGGAACCAUGUGUCAGUCAUACACCAUGAACCCUGCAGAGGAACCAUGUGUCAGUCAUACACCAUGAACCCUGCAGAGGAACCAUGUGUCAGUCAUACACCAAGAACCCUGCAGAGGAACCAUGUGUCAGUCAUAUACCAUGAACCCCGCAGAGGAACCAUGUGUCAGUCAUAUACCAAGAACCCCGCAGAGGAACCAUGUGUCAGUCAUAUACCAAGAACCCUGCAGAGGAACCAUGUGUCAGUCAUACACCAAGAACCCUGCAGAGGAACCAUGUGUCAGUCAUACACCAUGAACCCCGCAGAGGAACCAUGUGUCAGUCAUACACCAUGA